GUGGUCGUACACGUGACUCCCCGCCCAUCUUACUACAUAACCACCAGCAGUCAUGCUUAUGAAACAAAAUCUUUCGAAGUGAUUUCGCUUUACGGAUUUCAACAGUGCACCGUUCGCAGACAGACUGAGAAAGCACAUUUGUGUUAGAAAUGUCCAUUUACAGGAAUGCCGUUUGGUUUGUGAAGGGACUCCAGGAGUAUACGAAGAGUGGAUAUGAAGCUGCAGCAAAGCAUUUUGCUCCUGCAGACCUGGAUGUAAACCUGAGUGGGAGGUCCUUCAUGAUAACAGGUGCCAACAGUGGGAUAGGAAAAGCCACAGCACUGGAAAUAGCCAACAGAGGAGGAACCGUUCACAUGGUCUGUCGAAACAAGGUGCGAGGAGACGCAGCUAAAGAUGAAAUCGUGGAACGGAGUAAAAAUCAUAAUGUUCACGUCCACGUCGUUGACAUGUCCAGUGCGAGACAGGUGUGGGAGUUCGCCCAAAGCUUCUCACAAAACAACACUGUACAUGUACUGGUUAACAAUGCAGGCUGCAUGGUGAACCAGAGAGAGGUAACCGAGGAGGGGCUGGAGAAGAACUUUGCCACAAAUACACUCGGCACAUACAUCCUCACCACAGCAUUGAUACCUGCGCUGAAGAAUGUUGAAGACUCAAGAGUGGUCACUGUGUCGUCGGGCGGCAUGCUCACUCAGAAGCUGAACGUGGACGACCUCCAGUUUGAGAAGGGGACGUUUGACGGCACCAUGGCUUACGCUCAGAACAAAAGACAGCAGGUGAUUCUGACAGAGAGAUGGUCGUCUCAGCACAAAGAGAUUCACUUCUCCUCCAUGCACCCUGGCUGGGCCGACACACCAGCUGUCCAGACGUCCAUGCCUUCGUUCCACUCCAAGAUGCAGUCCAAACUGAGGACGGAGGCCAUGGGGGCUGACACUGUGGUGUGGCUCGCUGUGUCUGCAGCCGCCAUAAAGCAACCAAGUGGACUCUUCUUCCAGGAUCGUAAAGCGGUGGCGACACACCUGCCGCUGGCCUCCACCAGGUCCACCCCACAGGAGGAGGAGAAGCUUCUGACUGCACUGGAGGAGUUCGCCCUCAAGUUCAAACCUUAACAUCUGUAUAAACACUUUUUAAAACAA